CGAUCGUUGGGGAGAUGAUGAGUUGGGAAGAAGCGCAGGGAGCAGAUUUCUCUUUUAACGUGAUGAACUCUCACGUUGUCAGAUUCUUGGUCCAAGUUUACUGGGGUGGUUAUUCGCUUAAUAACCUGCGAAUUGUGAGAGAUUUACAUGCUGAAUUGCUCAUAGUAGCUGGCGUGCAUAGUGCAACAGGAUGCUAGGGAGGAAGUUAUUCAGGCAUGGUAUAUGGAUGACAGUGAUGAAGAUCAGAGACUCCCACAUCACCGGAAUCCAAAGGAGUUUGUCUCCUUUGAAAAACUUGAUGAGCUUGGAGUGCUAAGCUGGAGGUUAGAUGCUGACAACUAUGAAACAGAUCCCGGAUUGAAGAAAAUACGUGAAGCUCGUGGAUAUUCUUACAUGGACUUUUGCGAGGUUUGCCCAGAAAAACUGCCUAAUUAUGAAGAGAAGAUCAAGAGCUUCUAUGAAGAGCAUCUGCACACAGAUGAGGAGAUCCGCUAUUGUGUUGCAGGGAGCGGUUAUUUUGAUGUACGUGAUCGUGAUGAAGCGUGGAUUCGCAUCUGGGUGAAGAAAGGGGCUAUGAUUGUUCUGCCUGCUGGAAUUUAUCACCGCUUUACACUUGAUUCAGACAACUAUAUUAAGGCAAUGCGACUCUUCGUUGGUGAUCCUAUUUGGACUCCAUAUAAUCGCCCUCAUGAUCAUCUUCCUGCGAGGAAAGAGUAUGUCGAAACUUUUGUGCAGAAGGGAGGUGCUGGUCAAGCAGUCGAUGCUGCUGCUUAAAACCCCUUUUAGAUAUGGGAACCUGCUGUGUCUGUUAGGGCUCAUGGCGUUCCUCUAAUAAGAUGUAUUCGGCUACAUGAAACCAGUAACUUUAGCAAGCUUGUAGAUUUUGUGGUGUUUUUCUGCAACUUGUUCCUGCUGUGCCUGUCAUCUGCAUCGUCUUUCUGCUUAUUUUUCUCAAGGCAAAAAGAUAUUAUUACAUCCCUUAGCAUUACUUUUUUGUUUAUUUAUUUUGAUUGAAGUUCAAUGUGUGAAUGAAAUGGACUCGCAGCAAAUGACAGUGGAGGUUGUUUUCUCUGGA